CCCAGUCUUCCUCCUCCUGCUGCUCCUCCUGCUGCUCCUCGCUGGUGUUCCGUAUCGAUCCAGGCUGUGAAGCAGGAAUCCAGGAGAACCGGGCCGGUUCUGGACCUCCCCUGGCAGACAGAGGCAGCGAGCCCCAGGUGUGGCCGGUGGGCAUGGUUCUGAAGGGUAGCUCAGAGGCUCUGUGUCCCCCCCCAUCUCUGGAGCUGCGCCCAUCCUGCAACAAGAGCCAGCCCUCUCCUCCUCUGGGCUCCGGCUCACAGCCACAUGACGGAGUCAUCACUGAGGACAAGGAGCCAGUCAAGUAUGGCGAGCUCAUCGUCUUGGGCCACAAUGGGUCACUGGCAAAUGGUGACAAAGGCCGUAGAAGAAGUCGCCUUGCCCUUUAUAAGCGACCUAAAGCCAAUGGGGUCAGACCAGAUGUUAUCCACAACGUCUCGACACCUCUGGUGUCAAAGGCUCUUAGCAACAAAAGCCAGCACAGCAUCUCCUACACAUUGUCCCGGAGCCACUCUGUCAUCGUGGAGUACACACAUGACAUUAACACAGACAUGUUUCAGAUUGGCAGAUCUACGGAGAGCAUGAUAGACUUUGUGGUCACAGAUACAGCAGGCGGCAGCAGCGGUCAUGGCGGAGGCGCCGCAGGGGAAGGCGGCGGUGGAGGCCAGUCGGCCCAAAGCACCAUAUCUCGCUACGCCUGUCGCAUCAUGUGUGAACGCAGCGCUCCCUACACAGCCCGCAUUUACGCCGCUGGCUUUGACUCCUCCAAAAACAUCUUCCUAGGGGAACGGGCUGCCAAAUGGAGAACAUCUGACGGUUUGAUGGAUGGACUCACCACCAACGGGGUUUUGGUGAUGCACCCGGCCGGAGAGUUUGUCUCUGAACCUGCUCCCGGUGUCUGGAGGGAGAUCUCGGUCUGCGGCAACGUCUUCGCCCUGAGGGAGACCCGGUCCGCCCAGCAGAGGGGAAAACUGGUUGAGAAUGAGUCAAACACCCUGCAGGACGGUUCUCUGAUUGAUCUCUGCGGGGCCACCCUGCUCUGGCGGACACCCGCCGGCCUGCGCCACAUCCCCACCCUCAAACAGCUGGAGUCCCUUCGACAGGAGCUGAACGCCGCUCGGCCCCAGUGCCCCGUGGGCUUCAACACUCUCGCCUUCCCCAGCCUGGCGCAGCGCGAGAUCGUCGACAAGAAGCAGCCUUGGGUCUACGUCAACUGCGGCCACGUGCACGGAUACCACAACUGGGGCUAUCGCAAGGAGAAAGGGCCCAGCAGCCCGGGGGGCACGGCGCCAGCCGGCACCGGUGAUAGAGAGUGUCCCAUGUGCAGGAGGGUGGGCCCCUAUGUGCCUUUGUGGUUAGGCUGUGAGGGGGGGUUGUACUUGGACGCCGGCCCCCCCACGCACGCUUUCUGUCCCUGUGGACAUGUGUGCUCUGAAAAGACAGUAGUGGGAUGGAGCCAGAUCCCGUUGCCCCACGGCACGCACGCCUUCCACGCCGCCUGUCCCUUCUGUGGUACCUGGCUGACGGGGGAGCAAGGCCACGUCAAACUCAUCUUCCAAGGCCCCGUGGACUGAGGCAUGCACACCUACAGGAGCCUCGCACACUCACCGAGGGUUUCACUGUUGGCUGGUGUUCUCCAGCAGAAAUGUGAAUGUUGCUGACGAGUACAGGAGGACGACUCCGUACGCCAGAAAACUAAAAGCAAUAGUUGAUGCCAAGGAUUUGAAUGGAACACUGUCUGGAGAAAAUGUAAAUAAAUAGUGUUGAACUGAAAA